AUGUAUUGGCCCAUAGGAACCCCGAGAAUCUUCGCAACGAGCAGCAGGUCUGGUCCUGCCUUCAACCUGGUCGUUUCUCACGAUGGCCUGCCCAAUCCCUUCGAUAAUCGGCCGACGGACAAGGCCUCAGGCACGCCUCCCCUCAAUGCUCAACCACAACCAUCGCCACACGAUGCUAUCGAGCUUGCCACGCCCAUGACACCGGUCACGCCCGCAAUCCAGUCUGUUGACAACCAAGAUCAUGACCCGGAAACAAGUCGGCCAUCCCCCCGGCUCAACGUCAAUAUUCCCCUCAAAGAUCCUGUUCUUGCGCUGCGCAUCUCCCGCCCUGGCCACCUUUUUGCAACAAUAACAUCCACAUCGAUGACAAUAUGGCAGGCUAAGCCUACAGUGAUUUUGGCAGUGGUAGUCCGCUCGGAAUCUUCUUUAUCGACUUAUGGCGAAAAUGUCGACCUUCUAAUGAGACCUGACUCGGCUAUAUUUGUAGUUCGGACUACCUUAGGCUAUCUUAUUACAUACUCACUCGCGAUGGACUCCGAAGCCCAAGUCUACAAACCGUAUUUCCCGAGUUACGCGAACAUCCAACGACGUCGCCAGAAUCAUCAUGGCCAGCCCGGAAGCACAGUCCCAGAUCAGUAUCUUUGGGGCCCUGGUGAGGGUCAAGGAGUGCGUGACGUAAGCGUUCGUUUCAGGAUGGUCAUCAAAGUUGAUGCUGGCAUAGAGAGCGCCCUGGCACUGGAUGACGAGCUGGUUGUGGCCACGCGCAAACCAGGCGCCAUCCAGUGCAUUCGCUGGACUCCGGACCAAAGCGGAAGCCAGACUAGAACAGAAAUCAUCAGUCGAAUGGGGUGGCUAGAAAAGAAGAUAACAAUCGUCGAGAUGACCCACGACCGGCCUAUGAAUCUGUCAACCUGGACUACAAGUGACGGCAAGGUCUAUGCAGUUCAGCGGCUCCACCCUCGCGAUCAGUCUCAUGGCAACUCGCAAGAAGCGGACCCCAAGAAGCUUUUCAAGGGAUAUUGCUUCCACACGCCUGGCAGGCCGGAGGAAUCCGCCAUAAAGGCAGUCAUCAACGCAAGAUUCUCGUUGAUUGCUGUAGGCUGUGCCGAUGGGUGCAUCCGUGUGUACUCGGCUCGAGACUACGCUGGCAAUAUACCUCCCUCACACACACACACCAUUCCAGUAUCGACGACGGUUUCCGGUUCGCUCACAACGCUAAGCUACUCGCCCGACGGCUAUUGUCUGUUUGCCGGAUAUGAAAGCGGAUGGGCUACGUGGUCCGUCUACGGGAAGCCGGGUAGCAACAGCUUCAGCGCACACGACGCAAUCAUCGAGGCCAAUGGUGAGAGGUGGAUUUCUGGCAUUGGAGACGCCGUCUGGCUCGGCAGCGGCUCAGAGAUCCUUAUAACGCAUCGCAUGCACGAGGCAAUCUGGUUACUAGAAAUGGCAAGAAGCGCAGUCGUUGGCAACUACAACGCCGCAAACCUUAUGCGCACUGUUUUGCAAACGAGCACCAACGUCAUGAUAUACCGCGGAUAUGACCUGCCAGAUCUGGCCAGCAUCUCUGCGGAGCCGCACCUGUGGCACACAACGAAAGUGCCCUCUGCAUAUCUACUUGAGCAGUGGCCCAUCCGCCACACCGUCAUUUCACCAGACGGUCGAUAUGUUGCUGUGGCGGGACGUCGAGGUUUGGCUCAUUAUAGCGUCAACAGUGGUCGAUGGAAAACCUUUGCCAACGAAGCCAUGGAAAAUGAGUUUCAGGUCAGGGGGAGUAUGUGCUGGUAUCAGCACAUUCUCGUAGCUGCCGUCGAGGCUAACAAGUCGCACGAAUUGCGCCUCUAUUCAAGAGAAACGGCACUCGACAAUUCUCAAGUGCUUCACACUCAGCUGUUACCAGCUCCAGCAGUUCUAGUGACUACUUCAGGAGAGGACUCGCUACUUGUGUACACCUACGACAACCUACUUUAUCACUUCAUUUUUGCGCCUACCAAUGGUUCGAUCAGACUAGUUCAGCUUGGACAGAUUGCGUUCCAUGGCAUCGUGCGGUCGCCCGCAAGAGUCCGCGGUCUGAGCUGGAUUCUGCCAGACAGCCAGCUCAUUGAUGGUGAUCCGUCGCAAGAUGUCGCUGUGGCGUCUGUCUUAUUUCUGGUUGAUGCCAAGCUGGUAUUACUACAGCCCUCAUUCAAUAACGAGGGCAAUCUGAAGUACGAUAUGAAAGUCAUUGCUCAAAACGUUGAAUUUCAUGUAAGCAUGAGAGACCAACCACAUUUCGAUGCGCUAGCUACGCAUGCUGAGGAGCUGUCGCCUGCGGGUGCAGAUGUGACCCUACGAAACUCCCUCUGGGUAUUUGACGGUCAGGAGUUCAAGGUCUGGGCAGAUAUACAAGAGGUGCUGCAAGCAGCUUCAAACGAAACACUGCGAGAGCUUCCAAAGACUAUAUCGGUCCCUCUAGAUUUCUAUCCCCUUUCGACGCUUCUCGGAAAGGGUAUCAUUCUUGGAAUUGAAGCUGAUCUAAUUCAGCGGCGAGACAUUAGCUUUUCUUUCUUCCGCUUCGCCAUUCGAACACAUUUGUUCCUGCCAGACAUUCUGCGCUUCUUGUUGACCGAGGGCCGGACAGUAGAUGCAGUCAAACUAUCGGACCAGUAUCAAAAUCUGGAAUAUUUCGCCCACGCGCUAGAGAUAUUGCUUCACAAGGUCUUGGAUAAGGAAGUUGAUUCCGGACCGAGCCCUGAGGAAGCAAUCUUACCAAGGGUACUUUCGCUCCUGUCGUCUUUCAAGCAGUACCUAGAUAUCGUGGUGCAGUGUACAAGGAAAACGGAAGUGCGGCAAUGGCGGACAUUAUUCGCCUAUCUCCCGCCGGUACAAGAGCUGUUUGAAGAGUCGCUUCAGCGGGGAUCGUUAAAGACGGCCGGCGGAUAUCUCAUCAUCUUGCACACUCUAGAUGAGCUGGGGUCUGCGUCAGAACAGACUGUACGCUUGCUAUCGAGGGCAAUGAAGGAGGGUGAUUGGGAGCUGUGCAAGGAACUGGCGCGGUUUUUAGCUGCUUUAGAUGAAACUGGCGACACGCUCCGCGACGCUAUGGAAGGUGUGAAUGUUUCAAUGAAGGGAAACAAGGACCAAUCUGGGCUGAUGAGUCGUCUCGAUGUGCCUCAUAGCAAAGCCGUGAAUGGCUUAGGGUUGAAGUACAUAGAGCAAAGCGACGAGAUGGAGUCGGAAGGUCAGUCGGUCAGCUCCGCUGCCAGCUUUAGUUGA